CCCGCCCAGCCCCUCUGCCUGUUUUUCCCUGUCAUUCUCCCACAGCAGCGGUCACACUGCAAGCAAUGAGCAUCCACAGCUGACAGUCUCCUAGGCGUUUCCAGCUGCCUCUCAGGAAACCACGGAUAAUCUUCCAAAUUGGCCAAUGACACCCACUGGCUGAAACAUUUAUUUAUUUCAUUUUGUAAUCGUCCCCUGCUUUUGUUGUGAAUGUUUUUUGGGGGGGACGCCUUGGGGGUCUCAGGAGAAGGUACAUUACGGAGAAAUGAAAGAAUAGUCAUUUCCACUGAACCCAUUGAACAAUGUGCAAUGGGCAUCCAGCUGCCCGGGACUCAUGGCCGUUAAAUCCUUCUGCUCAGCAAAGAAAAGGUGAGGUGGAGGAGGAAUACGCCAAAGACGUCUAUCUCCAUGCAUCGAUGAAUUAGAGGAUUGGAGAUAUUGGCCCUACGUGUCUGGUUCUAGGUGUGCUGCUUGGAAUAAACAAGAGCAUCAGACACAGGAAGGGAGGGGGACAAAAUGGGCAGUAAACCCAAGAGCAGCGAGGCGCUGAAGGUGGUGGUUCGAUGCCGCCCCAUCAAUAGGAAAGAGGAGGCAGCUGGGUAUGACAGCAUUGUGUCUAUGGAUGUUAAGCUGGGGCAGGUGACCAUCCGGCAUCCCAGAGCAAAUCCAGUGGAACUGCCAAAGACGUUCACAUUUGACGCUGUGUAUGAUGCCAACUCCAAACAGGCUGAUUUGUAUGACGAGACGGUCAGGCCCCUUAUAGAUUCUGUCUUGCAAGGGUUUAAUGGCACCUUAUUUGCUUAUGGGCAAACUGGCACAGGGAAGACCUACACAAUGCAAGGUGUUUGGGCCGAGCAAGAGAAAAGGGGGGUCAUACCAUAUGCCUUUGACCAUAUUUUCACUCAUAUAUCACGGUCCCAAAACCAACAGUAUUUGGUGAGGGCAUCUUACCUUGAGAUCUACCAAGAGGAGAUAAGAGACCUCCUGAGCAGGGAUCAGAAUAAGAAGCUAGAACUCAAAGAGAAUCCCGAAACUGGAGUGUACAUAAAAGACCUCUCUUCAUUUGUGACUAAGAAUGUGAAGGAGAUCGAGCAUGUAAUGAACCUGGGUAAUCAGUCUCGGUCAGUGGCCUGUACCAACAUGAAUGAGCACAGCUCUAGGUCCCACACAAUUUUUGUCAUUACAAUAGAAUGCAGUGAACUGGGUGUGGAUGGAGAGGAACAUAUCCGAGUGGGGAAACUCAACCUGGUGGACCUGGCUGGCAGCGAGCGACAGAGCAAAACAGUAGUGAAUGGUGAAAGGCCAAAAGAAGCUUCCAAAAUCAAUCUUUCCCUUUCCGCUUUGGGAAAUGUGAUAUCAGCCCUGGUAGAUGGCAGGAGCACCCACAUUCCUUACCGAGACUCUAAACUGACCCGCUUGCUCCAGGACUCUCUGGGCGGUAAUGCCAAAACCAUAAUGGUUGCCACUAUGGGCCCUGCAUCUCAUCAUUAUGAUGAGACCUUGUCUACUCUCAGGUUUGCCAACAGGGCCAAAAACAUUAAGAACAAGCCAAGAAUCAAUGAGGACCCCAAGGAUACUCUGUUGCGGGAAUUCCAGGAAGAAAUUGCUAGACUGAAGGCACAACUGGAAAAAAGAGGGAUGCUGAGCAAGAAGAAGAGAAGAAACAGCCGCAGGAAAAAAUCAGUAGAUGGAGAAAGUAUCAUGGACACAGAGGUGGAAGAAGACAAUGAUGAAAACUUAAUUGAUAAAAAUGUGGGGUGUUACCUGAAAGAGCAAACCGAAAGGCUUGAACAGGAGAAGGCCGCCAUACAAGAUGACCACAGUUUACUGGCGGAUGAGAAGUUAAAGCUUAUUGAGGAGAAAGAGAAGAUGAUGGAGGACCUAUCUAAGGAGCGAAAAGCCACAGAGCUGUUAGCCGUGAAAUUCAAGGCUAUGGAGAGCAAGCUCCUGAUUGGCGGGAAGAAUAUCAUGGACCAUACAAACGAGCAGCAGAAAAUGUUGGAGAUCAAGCGGCAGGAGAUCGCAGAGCAGAAAUGGCGAGAGAGAGAGAUCCAACAGCAGAUGCUUCUGCAGGGCGAAGAGACGCUGGAACUUCGAGAGACCUACACAUCCCUGCAACAGGAGGUUGAGAUGAAGACCAAAAAACUCAAGAAGCUCUACGCCAAGCUCCAGGCUGUGAAGGGAGAGAUACAGGAUCAGCACGAUGAAUAUGUGCGAGUGAGACAAGACCUAGAACAGGCUCAGAAUGAACAGACCCGGGAGCUCAAAUUCAGAUACCUGAUUAUUGAGAACUUCAUUCCUCCGGAAGAGAAGAAUAAGAUAGUGAACAGACUUUACUACGAUUCCGAGGAGGAUCAGUGGAAAUUUCAGCCGCUCGUCCCACCGGGAAAUGGUAACCAAGGUGGGAGCACCAUGAAGAGGCGGCCAUUGUCCGCGGUGGGGUACAAGAGACCAAUCAGCCAGUAUGCCAGGGUUGCCAUGGUGAUGGGGUGUCAUCCCAGGUACCGGGCUGAGAAUAUUAUGUUCCUUGAGCUUGAUCUGACACCUCCGGCUGUGUUUGAGAUGGACUUCUCCAGAGAGCGAGCGGAUCAGGACCCCCGAGCUGUACAUCUGGAGAGGUUGACCCGCUUAGACAGUCUCAUGGAACGUCCUGCUGCAGCCCGAGUCCGGAAAUCAAGGUCCUGGUGUCAGCAGGCUCGCCUCCUCCCGUCAUCAACCACCCAUAUCUCAUUGUCCUCCAGCAGCCAACGGCGUCCUUUGUCACCUACCCAUGAGUGACGCCUGACAUCCCUUCACAGCUCCAGCCAAGCGCAACACCUUACACCAUGCUUAGCAUCCAACUUGGCCAUGAAGCAGCCACUGGCUUCUCACAACUGUUACCUCCGCCUGGAGCUGGCAGCUCAACCGAGGACGAUAGGAGCAGUUAUACUUGAGGAUUAAGAUUAACCUUAUUUAUUUAUUUAUUAUUUAUUUAAAUAGGCCCUGCCACCAUUUUACAGCACUUUGGGUUUUUGAUGGCUGGUAUAAGGGCAAUCACUGUUGUGUCUUGCAGCUCCCUGGCAACCCAGAAGAUUUAUUGUUGGAAGAAGAGCUUGCAAUCUGUUGGCUGUUUAUCUUUUUUGUCCGUGGGAGUGUACACUUUGCGGGCUAUGCCAGUGGUGAUGUUAGUCCCUGUGUUCUAUCGGUGAAGUGGAGCUCAGUGAUAUAUGUCUCUACAUUGCAAUUCCAGUCGCUCUGCUCACCCAAUAAUCAAUUUAUUGGUGUAUCCAGCCUGAAAAUUGUAUAUCUUCAGCUCCUUCUGGUAUAAACACCCCAACACUGCUACUCUCUUCUCUUCAGGAUUACGGCUAGUGAUGUAUGUAGCAUAAGGCACAGACGGCUAUGAAUCCCUCCCUUUUAACUCCUCCGUUAGGUCAGAUAACAUGAUUGUGGCUCAAAAGUCAAACUUCCAGUGCCUUAUCGUAAAGGCUUAUCACCAUACAACACACCGCAUCUGAUGACUUGCUUAUUAUUACUAUUAUUAUAAGAAAGAACGAUUUUUACACCAUGUUAUCACGCACGUUAUGUGGAGCAAAAUAAAUCUUGACCAGGAAGGAUUCUUCUUAAUAAUCUGCGGACAUUUGUCAAGUUCAAAAAUCAUUAAUGGCGACAAUAACUAUAAUAAUUGUAACAACUUUAAAUUUGACUCAAAUUGUAAAGCCGUGCUUGGCCAAUGUGAAUUUCUCUGCUUAUAAUGUGUCUUUAUAACCACUUUAUGACCACCAUUAGGCAAAUCCCCCGUCAUUAUGACCGUCCUGACAUAUAACUGAGAAGCUUAACUCCAAUUCUACUCUUGUUGUUACUUGGGUGUCUUAUUUUGCUGGGGUGGAAAUAAUUAGCAGAUAAUUCUCGUAUUCCUUCAGGAUUGGAUUCUGAAAAUCUAAUACAAGAAAUAUGGAUUACAGUUUAGUCAAUCGAAGGUCGGAUUAAGGAUGGGAGAAUGGAGAUUCAGCCCCCUAAUGGCACAAGUCAUCCCUCAAUUCAUUACUGGAAGGGGGGACAUUAUUGGUAUCCUUAGUGCACAUGGUGCGCCCCAUAUCCAGAUCCCACGAUACCUGUCAUCUAAACAAUAGCACAUAGCAAGAUCAGUGGAUCUCCACCAUCAUAACACAGCUUGACUGAAGGGCCAAUGUUACCAGGAACAGUUUGCUUGACUUUCAUUUUAUACUUGAAGCUGAUUUUUUUUUUAUCUGACCUCUAGAAAACUAUAGGAAUCUAGAAUGGGGUUGUUGGUUCCACCCUUUAUUUUUUUGCAGGCCCAAGAGACGCUUAAGAAGUCCGUCUAUGCUAAGCAAGUCAUGCUGGGAAUUAUUCGUGAGCUCUCACCGGGUGCAUCACAAAUGAGUUGAUGGGGUUAUAAAAUAAUCGUCUGUGAAGGUUAUUGUGAAAAUGUCACAUUGUGCAAUAAUACUGAGUAUUUCUAUGCAGUUUUAAAAGUCUACCGCUUGUUUAACCCCUUAAGGACACAUGACAUGUGUGACAUGUCAUGAUUCCCUUUUAUUCCAGAAGUUUGGUCCUUAAGGGGUUAAAGAACAGCGCGCGAAGGGUACUGUUCAUAUCAGGAUCAGCCUGUGCCACGGUCUUGCUUACCACUCUGAAAUUGUGCUAAAGAUGAAGAUUUCUUCCCAUAUUCGUGGUUUCUCUGUGUAUUGUUUGGGAACGACGUGGAAUUUUAGUAUCAGCCGGAGUGAGGCCAGUGAGUGAGUUUAUGAUGUCACAUUUUAAGAAGUCUCACAGUUUGGUGGCACUGUCCCCAGUAUGUUCAUAUUUCGGUGGAAUUAAGAGAUGGUUUCUUGGAGGGGGGGAUAGGUUGCUCCCUCUCCCAACACAUUCACAGCCAGGUAGCUUCCAGUUUACUUUUGCAAACUUUCACCACUUGUCAGUUUGGGUUUUAAUUUGGUGUCUAUGUAGAAAGCGAAGCACUGUAUAUCCCAUGAUGCUCAGGGGCCUGAAAUAAGCUCAAAUAUUGACACUUUAUGUGAGCAAAAGGGGGAGCGUCACCCAGAGAUCCAAUAAACAAUAUAAGAAAUAAAAUAUUAAUAUGU